AUGCCAGCUGGCAUCAUCGAAGUGAGCAAGCUGCCGAAGCCGAGCACCUGGAGACCAACGAUUCCCGGCGCAGCACCGCGGGGGCGCCAGGCCUUAGCCCUACAGGCCCGUCCCAAGGAGGCCCAGCCUGCGAGGGGCAAUCUCGGCUCCUCGGGGGCGCGAGGAAAAGCAGAGCUCGCACACGCCAAGGACAGGGUCGGGUGGAAGGGCGAGCUUCCUUCCCACAUUCCCGGAGCCAUUCGGGGCGGCUCUGGUGGGUUCGGCUGCCCUAGAGUGAUAAGUUCGGGUUCAGACACGCCUCAGCGCCAGCAGCGAGUCGGAGCUCUAUGGAGGUGGCGGCGAGAACUGGGUGGUGGCUGCAGCAGCGACUCUUUUGAACUGAGAGUUUCAAGCCAGUCCCGACUCCUUCCUCCCCCUUCCCUCCCCCUUUUUUGUUUUCCGUUCCCCUCCCCCUCCCUUCCCCGUCCCCGACGACCGGAUCCUGAGGAGGCAGCUGCAGGGGCAGCUGCUGAGUUCUCGGUGAAGAUUCUUCGUUGUCAAGCCGCCAAAGUGGAGAGUGCGAUUGCAGAAGGGGGUGCUUCUCGUUUCAGUGCUUCUUCGGGCGGAGGAGGAAGUAGGGGUGCACCUCAGCACUAUCCCAAGACUGCUGGCAACAGCGAGUUCCUGGGGAAAACCCCAGGGCAAAACGCUCAGAAAUGGAUUCCUGCACGAAGCACUAGACGAGAUGACAACUCCGCAGCAAACAACUCCGCAAAUGAAAAAGAACGACAUGAUGCGAUCUUCAGGAAAGUAAGAGGCAUACUAAAUAAGCUUACUCCUGAGAAGUUUGACAAGCUAUGCCUUGAGCUCCUCAAUGUGGGUGUAGAGUCUAAACUCAUCCUUAAAGGGGUCAUACUGCUGAUUGUGGACAAAGCCCUAGAAGAGCCAAAGUAUAGCUCACUGUAUGCUCAGCUAUGUCUGCGAUUGGCAGAAGAUGCACCAAACUUUGAUGGCCCAGCAGCAGAGGGUCAGCCAGGACAGAAGCAAAGCACAACAUUCAGACGCCUCCUAAUUUCCAAAUUACAAGAUGAAUUUGAAAACCGAACCAGAAAUGUUGAUGUCUAUGAUAAGCGUGAAAAUCCCCUCCUCCCCGAGGAGGAGGAACAGAGAGCCAUUGCUAAGAUCAAGAUGUUGGGGAACAUCAAAUUCAUUGGAGAACUUGGAAAGCUUGAUCUUAUUCAUGAAUCUAUCCUUCAUAAGUGCAUCAAAACACUUUUGGAAAAAAAGAAGAGAGUCCAACUCAAAGAUAUGGGAGAGGAUUUGGAGUGCCUCUGUCAGAUAAUGAGGACAGUGGGACCUAGGUUAGACCAUGAACGAGCCAAGUCCUUAAUGGAUCAGUACUUUGCCCGAAUGUGCUCCUUGAUGUUAAGUAAGGAAUUGCCAGCGAGGAUUCGUUUCCUGCUGCAGGAUACCGUAGAGUUGAGAGAACACCAUUGGGUUCCUCGCAAGGCUUUUCUUGACAAUGGACCAAAGACGAUCAAUCAAAUCCGUCAAGAUGCAGUAAAAGAUCUAGGAGUGUUUAUUCCUGCUCCUAUGGCUCAAGGGAUGAGAAGUGACUUCUUUCUGGAGGGACCGUUCAUGCCACCCAGGAUGAAAAUGGAUAGGGACCCACUUGGAGGACUUGCUGAUAUGUUUGGACAAAUGCCAGGUAGCGGAAUUGGUACUGGUCCAGGAGUUAUCCAGGAUAGAUUUUCACCCACCAUGGGGCGUCAUCGUUCAAAUCAACUCUUCAAUGGCCAUGGGGGACACAUCCUGCCUCCCACACAAUCGCAGUUUGGGGAGAUGGGAGGCAAGUUUAUGAAAAGCCAGGGGCUAAGCCAGCUCUACCAUAACCAGAGUCAGGGACUCUUAUCCCAGCUGCAAGGACAGUCGAAGGAUAUGCCACCUCGGUUUUCUAAGAAAGGACAGCUUAAUGCAGAUGAGAUUAGCCUGAGGCCUGCUCAGUCUUUCCUAAUGAAUAAAAAUCAAGUGCCAAAGCUUCAGCCCCAGAUAACUAUGAUUCCUCCUAGUGCACAGCCACCGCGCACUCAGACACCACCUCUGGGACAGACACCUCAGCUUGGUCUCAAAACUAAUCCACCACUUAUUCAGGAAAAGCCUGCGAAGACCAGUAAAAAGCCACCACCAUCAAAGGAAGAACUGCUUAAAUUAACCGAAACUGUUGUAACCGAAUAUCUGAAUAGUGGAAAUGCAAACGAAGCUGUCAAUGGUGUAAGAGAGAUGAGGGCUCCUAAACACUUUCUCCCCGAGAUGUUAAGCAAAGUAAUCAUCCUGUCACUAGACAGAAGUGAUGAAGAUAAAGAAAAAGCAAGUUCUUUGAUCAGUUUACUCAAACAGGAAGGGAUAGCCACAAGUGACAACUUCAUGCAGGCUUUCCUGAAUGUAUUGGACCAGUGCCCCAAACUGGAGGUUGACAUCCCCUUGGUGAAAUCAUAUUUAGCACAGUUUGCAGCUCGUGCUAUCAUUUCGGAGCUGGUGAGCAUUUCAGAACUAGCUCAACCACUGGAAAGUGGCACCCAUUUUCCUCUCUUCUUACUUUGUCUUCAGCAAUUAGCUAAAUUACAAGAUCGAGAAUGGUUAACAGAGCUUUUCCAACAAAGCAAGGUCAAUAUGCAGAAAAUGCUCCCAGAAAUUGAUCAGAAUAAGGACCGCAUGUUGGAGAUCUUGGAAGGAAAGGGACUGAGUUUCUUAUUCCCACUCCUCAAAUUGGAGAAGGAACUGUUAAAGCAAAUAAAGUUGGAUCCAUCUCCUCAAACCAUAUAUAAGUGGAUUAAAGAUAACAUCUCUCCCAAACUUCAUGUAGAUAAAGGAUUUGUGAACAUCUUAAUGACUAGCUUCUUACAGUACAUUUCUAGUGAAGUAAACCCGCCCAGUGAUGAAACAGAUUCUUCCUCUGCUCCUUCCAAAGAACAGUUAGAGCAGGAAAAACAACUGCUUCUUUCCUUCAAGCCAGUAAUGCAGAAGUUCCUUCAUGAUCACGUUGAUCUACAAGUCAGUGCCCUCUAUGCUCUUCAGGUGCACUGCUACAAUAGCAACUUCCCGAAAGGCAUGUUACUCCGUUUUUUUGUUCACUUCUAUGACAUGGAGAUUAUUGAAGAAGAAGCUUUCUUGGCUUGGAAAGAAGAUAUAACCCAAGAGUUUCCAGGGAAAGGCAAGGCUUUGUUCCAGGUGAAUCAGUGGCUAACCUGGCUAGAAACUGCUGAAGAAGAAGAAUCAGAGGAAGAAGCUGACUAAAAGAACCAGCCAAAGCCUUAAAUUGUGCAAAACAUACUGUUGCUAUGAUGUAACUGCAUUUGACCUAACCACUGCGAAAAUUCAUUCCGCUGUAAUGUUUUCACAAUAUUUAAAGCAGAAGCACGUCAGUUAGGAUUUCCUUCUGCAUAAGGUUUUUUUGUAGUGUAAUGUCUUAAUCAUAGUCUACCAUCAAAUAUUUUAGGAGUAUCUUUAAUGUUUAGAUAGUAUAUUAGCAGCAUGCAAUAAUUACAUCAUAAGUUCUCAAGCAGAGGCAGUCUAUUGCAAGGACCUUCUUUGCUGCCAGUUAUCAUAGGCUGUUUUAAGUUAGAAAACUGAAUAGCAACACUGAAUACUGUAGAAAUGCACUUUGCUCAGUAAUACUUGAGUUGUUGCAAUAUUUGAUUAUCCAUUUGGUUGUUACAGAAAAAUUCUUAACUGUAAUUGAUGGUUGUUGCCGUAAUAGUAUAUUGCCUGUAUUUCUACCUCUAGUAAUGGGCUUUAUGUGCUAGAUUUUAAUAUCCUUGAGCCUGGGCAAGUGCACAAGUCUUUUUAAAAGAAACAUGGUUUACUUGCACAAAACUGAUCAGUUUUGAGAGAUCGUAAAUGCCCUUGAAGUGGUCUUUGUGGGUGUGAAACAAAUGGUGAGAAUUUGAAUUGGUCCCUCUUAUUAUAGUAUUGAAAUUAAGUCUACUUAAUUUAUCAAGUCAUGUUCAUGCCCUGAUUUUAUAUACUUGUAUCUAUCAAUAAACAUUGUGAUACUUGA